AGUAACCAGAGUGGUCUUAAGUUAUUAUUAGAAGGCAAUAAACAAAAAAUAAAAACAAAGACUUUUGAGGGAUAUUCUUCUGCAACGGAGAUCAUUCCAUCUAAACAUAACAUCAGGGAAAAAAAAGUGUUACAGCUUAGAAAAAAACUGAUUAAUUCAAAUAAAUUUUGGAUUUCGUUAUAAUUAGUGCAAAUAGAGAGUGGAUCACACGACUGAUUAUUUAAACCAUCUGUCUAGCAUUAAUUUCCUACCGCUACACGACAAGAAAAACAGACAUAACCUUCUCCGUCCCUGUCUGUGUUGCCGCAGCAAUGGCGGCGGCGGAGGAGCCGACAUGGGAAGACUUGCUCGGCCGCAACAACUGGGAAGGCCUAUUGAACCCACUGAACGUCUCUCUCCGGCGACUCGUCCUCCGCGCCGGCGACUUCUGUCAGGCGACCUACGACGCCUUCGUCAACGACCCCAACUCCGCCUUCUGCGGCGUCAGCCGCUACGGGAAACCUAGCUUCUUCCGCAAGGUAAUGCUCGACGACGCCGACCACUACGACGUCGUCUCGUUCCUCUACGCCACGGCCCGAGUCAGCGACCACGAGGCCUUCUUCCUUAAGUCCAUGUCGCGCGACUCGUGGGACCGCGAGACCAACUGGAUCGGGUACGUGGCCGUGACGUCCGACGCACGGACCGCAGAGAUCGGGAGGAGAGAGAUUUACGUCGUGUUUCGUGGGACCACGAGGAACUACGAGUGGAUCAACGUGUUGGGUGCGAAGCUGACGUCGUUGAAAUGCUUGUUGACCGGCGGAGACGGCAACUGCGGCGGCGGAGGAGACGGCCUGGCGGACGAUGACGAUGACGGUCCUAAAGCCAUGCUUGGAUGGGUUACUAUAUAUACGACCGCUAAUCCAAGAUCGCAGUUCACGAAGAUGAGCGCUCGUUCUCAGCUUCUGAGGAAGAUCCAAGAACUGUUGGAGAAAUACAAGGACGAGAAGCCGAGCAUAGUGCUGACGGGACACAGCUUGGGCGGGACGUUGGCGACGUUAGGAGCGUUCGACUUGGCCGAGAACGUGACGGGCGGCGAUGAUAAUGUUCCGGUGACAGCCAUCGUGUUCGGUUCUCCCAAAGUGGGCAACAAGGAAUUAGCCGACAGAAUCAAACUGAACAAGAAUCUGAGGAUACUGCACGUUAAAAACCAGAUAGAUCUGAUAACACGCUACCCUGGUCGGAUCCUCGGUUACGUAAGCGUCGGGACCAAACUCAAGAUCGAUACAAGAAAAUCUCCUUUCCUCAAAGAAUCUCACCACCCCGGCGACUGGCAUAACCUCCAGGCGAUGUUACACGUGGCAGCGGGAUGGAAUGGGGAGAGGGAGGAGUUCGAGAUGAGAGUGAAGAGGAGCAUAGCGUUGGUGAACAAGUCGUGCGAUCUGCUGAAGGAAGAGUGUUUGGUUCCACCGUGUUGGUGGGUGGAGAAGAACAAAGGGCUGCUGAAGGCCGAGGAUGGAGAGUGGGUCAUGGCCACUCCUCAUGACGAGGACUUGCCCGUGGCCGAGUUCCACGAUUGAUCUAUCUCUUAUGCGUGUGUUCUUUUUAAUUAUCAAUGUACAUGUUUGAGGAUGAUAUUU